AUGGACGAAACCCUAGCAGAUCACAAGCUCUGCGGUUACCUUCUUACGGUUCUAACGCUCCCCCCUCAAUCCAUUCCCUCCACGGCUCCCUUAUCCGCUCCCUGCCUCCUCACCACCGACGACGACAACGCCGUUUGCUUCCGGUGCCAAAACGGCCUGCUUUUCUCCCCAGUUCGAAACGCUUCCGUUUCGUAUCGCGACAAUGCGGGGAAUUCCAGGAGGAAAGGGAGGAAGAAGAUUGGGAUGGUUCAUGGGAGCAUCAGUGUGGUGAAUCAGAUUCAUGUGUUGGUUGCUCAUAAGUGCCUCAAGAUCCAGGCACGGCUUCUCAGAGUGGAGGACGGCUGGGAGGAGGUUAGGGCGGUGGUUCUCGUGGAUGUUUAUUUGCCAGUUGAGUUGUGGGCCGGUUGGCAGUUUCCCCGUUCCGGUUCCGUUGCCGGUUCAUUGUUUAGGCAUUUGAGCUGUGAUUGGAAGGAGAGAAAUUUGAUGCUCACUAAUGGUACAGAGAUCGGUCAAGAUGCUCUUGGAAAUGCAAGGAGCAUCUGGAAUGUUUUUGAUUGUCAUGUUCUAGGAUGCAAGUUGCAUUGUAAUGAUAUUGACCCUUUGAAGAAAAGGCUAUUUGAGCUUCAUGACAUUUUCAAGAGCUUGCCUAGUGUAACAAAUAAGGGAAUGACUCAUUCUUCUAGAAUACAACCAGCUGAUGAUAGUCAAAAUUCUGGCCUUUGGGACAUAACUGAUGAUAUUCUGAUGAAUAUUCUAGCUGCACUUGGUCCGAGGGAUCUUACCAGGAUAGCAGCGACUUGUCAACAUCUAAGGUCUUUGACUGCAUUGAUAAUGCCAUGCAUGAAACUUAGACUUUUCCCUCAUCAGCAGUCAGCUGUUGAAUGGAUGUUAAAACGUGAGCGAAAUGCUGAGGUUUUGCUUCAUCCUUUGUACAUGGAAUUUUCAACAGAAGAUGGGUUUUCUUUCUAUGUUAAUAGUGUUACUGGCAGUAUAGUUACUGGCACAGCUCCCACUAUUAGAGAUUUUCAUGGAGGAAUGUUCUGUGAUGAACCUGGCCUGGGAAAGACUAUAACUACCCUAUCACUAAUUCUGAAAACACAAGGAACAAUGGCUGAUCCACCGGAGGGUGUUCAGAUAAUUUGGUGCACACACAAUGGUAAUGAUAAAUGUGGUUAUUAUGAGCUUAUUGGUGAUAAAUUUACCAGAAGUAUGUCUUUGGGGAAGAGGACUACAAGUCCGAAUGCUCUCAGGGGGCUAUCAUCUUUAGGGGAGUCUUGUCUCAUGGAGGACAUAAACCACCCUUUACCUAAAAGGGCCAAGCUGAUGAAUCCAGGUGAGAGAAGUGCAGAAUUUGACGAUUCUUGUUCUGGUAGAAGAACAAAAUCACCAUCGACUCAAGUCUCUGAGCCAGUAACUUGGGCACUUCGAUCCUCAAGAAAUUUGAGGCACAUCAGGAAAAAUCUUCUGUAUUCAUAUGGUGGGCUGUCUGGUUCUUGUAACAGAAAAACAGUUGAGAAGAACACAUCAAAAAGGAAUGGAUCAAGACACAUUUGCAGGGAAAAGCAAGUUGAUUUAUCCUUUGGAGUUUCAGAUGGUUGCAAGAGACCUGGGAAGGGCACUGCUGAUAGUGCUAUGUGUACUGAAACUUGGGUUCAGUGUGAUGCCUGUCACAAGUGGAGGAAACUUGUAGGCUCAAGUUUAACUAAUGCUAAGGUAGCAUGGUUUUGUAGCAUGAACACUGACCUUGCACGUCAGAACUGUACUGAUCCUGAAGAAGCAUGGGAUGCUCAUGGUUCUAUAACAUACCUACCAGGAUUUUUCACCAAAGGAACAGCUGGAGGAAAGGAGGAGAAUGUAUCCUUUUUCAUCAGUGUUCUUAAGGAGCACUAUGCUGUGAUAAAUUUGAAAACAAAGAAAGCCAUACUUUGGCUAUCUAAGCUUUCUCCAGAUAGGCUUUCUGAAAUGGAGACAGUUGGUUUGUCAAGUCCAAUAUUGGGCAGUGGUGUUGCAGGAGAUGCACUUGGGUUCCAUAAGAUGUUUCAAGCAUUUGGUCUUAUAAAGAGGGUAGAAAAGGGAAUUAGCAGGUGGUAUUAUCCAAAGACUCUUGAGAACUUGGCAUUUGAUGUGGCUGCACUCAGACUUGCUCUAUGUGAGCCAUUAGACUCUGUCAGGUUAUAUUUGUCAAGAGCAACAUUAGUUGUUGUUCCAGCAAAUCUAGUUGAUCAUUGGAAAACACAAAUCCAGAAACAUGUAAGGCCAGGUCAGUUACAGCUUUAUGUCUGGACUGAUCAUAGAAAGCCUCCUGUUCACAAUCUGGCUUGGGACUACGAUAUUGUUAUCACUACAUUUCACCGUUUAAGUGCAGAGUGGGGCCCCUGUAAGAGAAGUGCACUGAUGCAAGUGCAUUGGCUUAGGGUCAUCUUAGAUGAAGGGCACACCCUUGGCUCAAGUCUUAAUUUAACCAACAAAUUGCAAAUGGCUAUUUCAUUGACUUCUUGUAGUCGUUGGUUACUGACAGGAACACCCACUCCUAACACACCCAAUAGUCAACUGUCUCAUCUCCAACCAUUACUCAAGUUCCUUCAUGAAGAAGCUUAUGGUCAGAACCGAAAGUCAUGGGAAGCUGGCAUUCUUAGACCAUUUGAAGCCAAAAUGGAAGAGGGUCGAUCACGUUUAUUGCAGCUGCUCCAUAGAUGCAUGAUUAGUGCAAGAAAGAUAGAUUUGCAGAAUAUUCCUCCAUGCAUUAAGAAGGUGACAUUUGUCAAUUUCACUGAUGAACAUGCAAGAAGUUAUAAUGAAUUGGUGGUUACAGUGAGGCGAAAUAUUCUAAUGGCCGACUGGAAUGACCCUUCUCAUGUUGAAAGUUUAUUAAAUCCAAAGCAGUGGAAGUUUCGGAGCACAACAAUUAGAAAUGUCAGGCUAUCUUGUUGUGUGGCUGGGCAUAUAAAAGUAACAGAAGCUGGUGAAGAUAUUCAAGAAACAAUGGACAUUUUAGUUGAAAAUGGUCUGGAUCCUCUUUCAGAAGAAUAUGCUUUAAUUAAAUAUAACCUCCUUUAUGGUGGUAAUUGUCAGAGAUGCAAUGAAUGGUGCCGUCUACCAAUUGUUACCCCAUGUAGGCAUCUUUUGUGCCUUGAUUGUGUUGGUUUAGAUAGUGAAAUGUGUACGUUAUCUGGCUGUGGUCACUUAUAUGAGAUGCAGACUCCUGAAACAUUAGCACGCCCGGAAAAUCCAAAUCCCAAGUGGCCUGUCCCAAAAGAUCUUAUUGAGUUACAACCUUCAUAUAAACAGGAUGAUUGGAAUCCUGAUUGGCAAUCAACCUCUAGUAGUAAAGUUGCUUAUCUUGUGGAGAGGCUGAAAGCAUUGCAGGAGGUUAAUAAAGAGGUCAAUUCCUCUGUGGAUGAAGAUGAUGAGGGAAAGAACAUUGAUAAGUUACUUUGGCCUUCACAGAGGAUUGCUAUGGAUGUGCCUUUGCUGCUGAAUUUCUCUAGACCGGGCAAUGAGUCAUACAAGAUGCUUCCGGAGAAAGUUCUAAUAUUUUCUCAAUUUCUUGAGCAUAUACAUGUUAUUGAGCAGCAGCUGAAUUGUGCUGAUAUCAAGUUUGUUGGAAUGUAUAGUCCAAUGCAUUCUAGCAACAAGAUGAAGUCACUGACCACAUUCCAGUAUGAUGAUAGUUGCAUGGCUCUCUUGAUGGAUGGGAGUGCUGCAUUGGGGCUUGAUUUGAGUUUUGUUACUCAUGUAUUUUUAAUGGAGCCUAUUUGGGACAGAAGCAUGGAGGAACAAGUCAUUAGCCGUGCCCAUCGGAUGGGUGCUAUUCGUCCAAUUCAUGUGGAGACUUUAGCCAUGCGUGGUACAAUUGAAGAACAAAUGAUGGAAUUCUUACAGGAUGUUGAUGCAUGUAGGGAGAUUUUGAAAGAAGAGUCCCAGAGACUUGGUCAUGAGGGUUCACGCCCUUGUCGGACACUACAUGAUUUUGCUGAGAGUAAUUAUUUGGCUCGACUUAGCUUUGUGCAUAGAAAUUCAGUAUCCUGAGGACUGACAUUGUCUAAGGGUAGGAGAUGCAUGAUUUGGAGCACCAUCUUCAGUUCAACGCCAUGAUGAUGUUUGCUGUUACAGUUCUGCAAAUAUGAUACCUUUGGCCAAUCAUGGUUAAGUUAACCCAACUGAAUUGUUGUAGAGAUAUACCUUUCUUCCUGGUAUAUGGUGUUUGCAGACAGAAAUAGGAUAAUUUGUUCAACAUGUAGUAU